AUGGCGAACCCCAGCAGCAGCUCUCGGCCUAAGGGCGAUGAGUCCGAGAAGGACAAAAAUGCUGCAGCGCCUCCGCCGCUGGAUGCAGCAGACAUAGACAUCCUCAAGUCCUAUGUAAACCCCAAACCCUAA